UGAAUUUGAGUUGCCUACCAGCUGAAACCAAGUAAACCUUAUGCUGAAUUGAGGGAACAGCCAUGGUGGUGAAGAAGAGGAAGAGCCCCAAAGUAGAGGCUGUGGUUUUGGAUGAGGAGAAACUACACAAGCUGAUAGCAUCCCUCUCUGUGGGUGGAGGAGAGGAUGGAGUCAGGGAGGUGGCACAGACCCUGCAGUCCUGCCUGGAGCUGACGGAGCCGGUGCAGCAGAUCCAGCUUGUUAUAAAGGCGGGGUCCCAGCUGGAGGCCCUGAGUGAAGAGCCCUCUGAUGGAGCUCUUCUGGAGUCCUGUCUGCACACCCUGUCUCUGGUCUACACCUCCCUGCAGGCUAAGAACCCCCUGCGAAGAACCAUCGCCAGUGCUUUAGGUUCAGUACCAGCCUGGCUACAGGAGCAGACUGUCAACAGUUUGUCCGCCUGUCUGUCCGACUGUCUGUCCAACCCAACCUCAGAGCAGUACCCACACAUCACCGACACCAUCACUGCCUGUCUGGAUGGCUUCGCUCUCGGUGAGAGAUGCAUUAACAAACUGCUGCCUGAAGUGAUGCAGUUUCUUCACAAGGGAUUGAGUGAAUAUCUUCAUCAGAACAGUGGUCUCGCAGGACGUCACAUCGCCCAGGCCCAGCUGAUGUAUUGUUGCCUGGCGACAGUGAAGGCCUCCAUGCUGGUGAUGCAGAGAUCCCAGGAGACCAUCGGCUCCUCACUGCAGGCUGAACACACACACACCAAGCUGGAGGACACACUGAGCAGCCUGCUGGGCUGCUACACACACAUCCUCACUGAUGAGGAGUUUAUCCAGUCAGUCCAGAGUACAGCGGGCAUGGCUAUAGUGUUACUGAUCCGCUCUGCCAUGGGGGGUGGAGAUGAAGUUGCCUCUGUGGUGUGCAGUCUGCUGCGUGGCUCAGCACAGGGUUUAGACUCCGCCCCUCGGUGGCUGCAGCAGAGGUGUGAGGGUCUGUGCAGCAGCGCUCGCCCCCCCGGGGUCUCUCUGUAUCUGUGUCACGGGGCUCUGGCCAUGUUGAGCUGGAAGGGCGCUCUGCCCGGGCCGCAGUGGGAACAGCUGCUGCUGCUGGUUCCCAACACUCUGCUGGAUCUGGACGUCAGUAUAAAGGAGUCCAGUACAGCCAUGGUGGUGUCUCGGGUGCUGACCCUGUGGAGCAGCGCUGCUCUGGACUGCCUGCAGGGGGAGAGGCAGGUCUGCCCCCCCCGCCUCCAACAAUCCCUCAGCGGAGGCUCUGAGCUGCAGCAACGCCUGCUGGAGCACAUCUACUCCCACUGGGAGCACCCGCUGGACGGCGUCCGCCACCAAACCCGCGCGCUGUUCCGCAACCUCCUCCUCCUCCACCAGCACACAUGUUCCUCCAUCUUUGAUCCAACCGAGGACUCCUACAUCACAGAGCUCACCCUCAGCCUGCUGGGGCUGGAGUGGCACAUGAGGGGGAAGUACGGCUCCCUGAGCUGCCUGGUGGAGCUCUACGGGGCGAGGCACCUGCUGGACGUCCAGCCCCAGCUGCCUGUUAGUCUCCUGGGCCUGAUGGGGGACCAGAACCUGGCUCCGUACGCCAGCGACCUCCUGGAGAGGCUGUUCGUCAGCCACAAGGCGCAGCUGGGCAGUGAGGUGGGUGCAGUGGACACCACGGGCUCAGAGGCCUGGAUGGAGGUUUGGCACAAGACGUGGGUGACCCCCCUGCUGCUGGUGCUGUGCCGGGCCAAGCUGGACCAGACCACGUACAUCCUGGACUACUUCCUGCCCAAGCUGCUCCGCUGCAGCCCGUCCAGUCUGACGCACAUGGUGCAGGCCCUGCAGGACACCCCGCCCUGCAGCACAGGCCCUUCGGGCAGCAGAGGAGCACUGGGCGCUCUCAUGACGUGCCUGCGGGCGGCCCGGGCCCAGGGUGUCGUUCCGUCCUCAAAGGAGGGUCUGUGGGGGGGCCUGGUGCCCCUCUCCCUGCUCCAACAAGCACUGGUACACAAACAUGAUCAAGUGAGGAUGGACGCCUUGGGGUUGGUGUGUGAGACCCUCCGCAGCACCGAAGCCCUGACCCCUCAGGAAAUGGACCUGAUCCGUUACUUCCUGCCGCAUAAUCUCAACAGUCAGGCACCAGGCGUCAGACAGCAGACAGUCAGCCUGCUGAAGAAGCUGCUGUGUAGAUUGAAGGACAGCGCUCUGCUGCUGCAGAAGAGAAUGAGCCAGGAGAGAGAUCCGGCCAAGAGAGACGCAGACCAACACACACUACAUCAGUACGAGGAGUUCCUGCGCUGGCUGUGUGUGAGCCUGCUGGAGGUUCUGCUUCCUGGAGCGUCCUUCUCUAAGUGCCUCAUGGCCCUCCAGCUGCUGUGUCUCCUGGGCGAGCUCUUCACCUUCAGCUCCGACUCAGGUGUGUUUGCCCUCGGUGAAGUCGUGACCUCCGCCCACGCUCAGAACGUCCUCUACAGCGUAGCCAGCAACUUCCUGGAAGUCAAACAACUGGCCUCAACGUUACUACGGCAACUCCCACCAUCAGCUGUUGGAUUACAGGUGCCGGAGAGGAUGCGCAGGGUGCUCCAGGCUGCUCUGGACCUCAGCACCAGCACCAAGCCUUUUGACAGCGUCUCAGCAGCACACCUCCUCCACCUGCUGCUCCCCCAGCCCCACCUCACCGAGGCUCUGCUGCACUGCGCCCAGCAGCAGGGCCUCCCUUUCCACCCCCCCUCACCCUUACCUAACGCGUCUGAGGCAGUCAUCUUGGAGCUCAACACCCUGUCUGUGGUGCAGUUGUUGCUGUGCUGUCUGCAGUCGGAGGUUCCCAGGGCGGAGGCUUCUCUCUUGCAGGCAGCUGCUUCCUAUCCUCUCUACGGCAGAGCCCACUGCAUCACUGCUGUCCUGCAGCCUCUCAACUUCGAGACUUUAAUCCAGACGGAGCAGUGGAGGUGUGUGGUGUCAGAGCUGAUCGCUGUGUGCUACAGGAUGUCUGACGUGGUGUCCCCUGUAGUCCAGAGCUCCUCCCCAGAGGGACUCAUUCCCAUGGAUACAGACUCAGAGACGUCAGCGGGUCUGCAGAGGAUCCUGCAGGAGAUUCAGCCCAGAGACAGCAACGACUUCUUCACCAGCGCCAGAGAGCUGGACACACACACUGGAGAUGAUCAAACACAGACCACACACACACCGUCACUGAACACAGACUUCGUACACUCACCCAUCAACCUUUCUGCUUGCGGGGAGGGCUACAGAGUGACAGCCCAGAUGGUGCUGGUGUGCUGCUGGCGGAGCAUGAAGGAAGUGGCCAUGCUGCUGGGACAGCUGUGUCAGAGUCUGCCUCUGCACUGCGCCGACGACACACACGCUGGACUCAUCACUGAAGAACAGGUGGAGGGGGUCGGUCUGUACUUCCGUCAGCAGCUCCUGCAGUCCCGUCAUCGUGGCGCCUUUGAACUGGCUUAUGUGGGCUUUGUACGCCUCACCGAGAUGCUCUGCAGGAGUGGGAGUCCGGCCCUGCAGCAGCUCCCGGCCCGCUGGCUCUCGGAGGUUCUGGAGGAAGUUAAAUCCAGCGACCCGUCGUCAAAGCUGUGUGCCACACGACGCAGCGCGGGGAUACCCUUCUACAUCCAGGCCCUGCUCUCCUCGGAGCCCAAGUUGUCCAGUUGCAGUCUGCUGAAACUGACCAUGAGAGAACUGAUUGCUCUGGCCAUGCCCUCCACCAACAGGACCACCGACAGCUCCACCGUGCCUCAGGUCCACGCUCUGAACAUCCUCAGGGCUCUGUACCGGGACACCCGUCUGGGGGAGAACAUCAUUCCCUUCGUCUCAGACGGAAUGCAGGCUGCUGUUCUGGGCUUCACCUCUCCUGUUUGGGCAGUGAGGAACUCCUCCACUCUGCUCUUCAGCACUCUGAUCACGAGGAUCUUCGGAGUGAAGAAGGGGAAGGACGAGCACUCGAAAAAGAACAGGAUGACGGGCCGGGAGUUCUUCACUCGCUUUCCCGCUCUCUAUCCCUUCCUGCUGACCCAGCUGGAGGCGGCUGCCGGCACGGUGGAGAGUGACAGCGGUCAGGUGAAGCUUCACCCCAGUCUGUUCCUGCUGCUGCUGGUGCUCAGCCGACUCUACCCCUCUCCCAUGGAUGGAUCUUCUUCACCUCUGGGACUCGCUCCGUUCAUGCCCUUCAUCAUCAGAUGCGGGCGCUCAGCAGUGUAUCGGACCAGAGAGAUGGCGGCCCGGGCCCUGGUCCCCUUCGUGUUGGUGACCCAGGUCCCCUCCACCGUGCACACGCUGCUGCAGGAGCUCCCUGCUGAGCCUGGACCCACAACCCAACACAACCACAUCCACGGGACGCUGCUGCAGGUGGUGUUUCUGCUGCGCUCCUACCAGACUGACUCUCACAGACCCCUGCCAGCAGGAAAUGGCAUCACCCGAGGCCUCCGUCAGCGCAUGUGGCUUGCUUCUCGACAAAAUGGCUGUGCGGUGACCAGAGCAGCCUUUCUGGAUGUGUUGGUGUGUUUGUGUGGAACGAAGAUCAGUAUUCUGAAUGAUUCAGAGGUCAGUGAUCUCCGUCAGGACGCUCUCUCCGUCAUCAUGGCCUCAGACCUCGUCCCCUCCUCCCCCCCCCUGGGGCCCGGCAGCACCCAGUGCCUGCUCUGCCUGGCUCAGGUGGCCCUCAGUGCCAGCGUGGAGAUCCCUGAGCUGUGGGGGGGCCCUCAGUUGAAGAGCCAGCUCCUUCAGUGCCUCCUUAAGGCACCGCAGUAUGAGGUGAGGGAGCUCGCUCUGGAGGGGGUCCUGAGGAGGCUGCAGGAGGAAGAGGAGGAUGAGGAGGAUGAGGAGGAGAGGGGGCAUCAGUGGCUGGACCAGACCACCCUGUCCAACCUGACCAGCCUGGCUCUUCACGAGACACACCCCCAGUGUCUGGCUAAGGUCCUCUCUGUGUUGUGUGUGUUGAGCACCACCACUGAGCUCCCAUGGUCGGAUGGUGUUAAGAUGUUGUCCCAGGAGGAGCUCCUGCUGCACCUUCUUGCUCUGGCUCAGAACUCCACUCACAGUGUGGAGCUCCACUGUGCUGCCCUGACGCUGGUCUCUCGACUUGUGGUACAACUGGUGAGCUCUAACCCUCAGGGUGCAAGUGCAGUGGCUUGUUUAGGUCAAUGGGGGGCGCUGGUGUGCGCAUGCUGCAGCGAGGAGCAGCCAGUGGAGGUGAAGCUAAUGGCCGCCAAGGUGUUGGUCAACUGUACGGCCACUGUGCUGACCAGCUCCCAUCUGCCCCUUGGUCUGACCACAACAGUUUCUCUGUGGAGGAGUCUGUUCACGCUGCUGCAGGAUGAAGACGAGGAUGUCCGAGAUUCUGCCUGUGACUUCAUCUGUAAUGUACCAGCAUCUCUGCUCAGCACAGAUGUGACGGGUGCGUCUGUGUGUCCUCCGGUGGCCCUGGACGCCGGUGUGGGGCUCCUGUGCCGGCUGUUUGAGCUGUGGGGACAGGUCCCAGCCGGGGCCCUCGCUCUGACAGAGUGGCUGCUGGGAGAUGAAGAGGCUAACUAUGAAGCGGUGGCAGAGGAAGCUUCCAGCCUGGAUGAUGAGGACUUCCUGUUUGAGAAGGGGGGUCUGAACCUGUGGGCGGAGCCUGUCCAGUGGGUGAAGCUGCUCCACCGACACGUUCACUCCCUCCUCCUGGGCUUCAGGCAGACCCAGGCCCCAGGGGUCCCGGGUCAGGACCAGGUCCACCAGAUCCAAACACUGUCAACUCAGGCCCAGGCCCAGGCACUGAGCUCCCAGAAUGCCUUGGACUCCCUCCCAGCUCUGCCGCAGUUCUGCCUCACCAUGGAGCACGCCCGGCUGCUGCUGCGGCUCCAGAGGGCCACGCUGGCUCUGGAGGUGCUGGACAAGCUCAGGUAGACCAGUAAAUAGCACACUUUUUAGUUUUAAGGGAACAUUUUGAUAAUUAGGGUUGAAAUAAAGGAAGAGUUGUCAGAUAAAUACUUCAACAAAUCUGGGACACAGACUGGCUACGUGAUCUUUUUAUUAUCAUUUCAAGGGAAUGAAGGAACCAUUUUUUUUAAUUAUUCUGUCAUUGUCUGUCUUAAAAUUGUUGUUCUCAUAAUUUACCAAAUGUCUUUCAAUUCUUCUGUUCACUGAUGUCUUUUUUAAUAAACAAACCAAAGUAUG